AUGUUUGAUUCUCCCUUUGCUGACUUGCCAUUGGAUCACCCAUGCGUAGAAGAAUACAUUGGAAAUAAAUGUUCAAUUGACAAGAUCUUCAUAGACGAUCCGGAAUGUAUGGUCAGAAUUUCGCCGUUGACGGUCCUGAAAUUGUUCACCUAUCGCACUCCCAUCGUUUACAAGGGCGCUAGGGAUCCACAUUUUUCGGUUGUCGACUACACUGGACCAGGAUUUAUGACUCAUACAGAAGAACGCCUUUUGGAAGAACGAUACCGUACGUAUCAAAAAGGGCGAAAUAACGAUGUUCUCGACAACGAAGAAGGGAAAUGUGUGGCAUCUGUAAACCUGCAGGAAUGUGGAGAUUUACUGAAGAUGAGUAUGUUGUCUCGAUGUAAAUCAAUGGCAAGUCAUGAAGAAGAAGCAGCUGUUAUUACUUCUGAGGUACUCUCCUAUAUGUAA